AUGGCCGACCAAGACGAAUGCGCCAAACUCUGGAAAGUCAACCGUACAAUUCACGAACUCGUUAAGGACAGAGGCUUUCAAGUGUCCGACGAUGAGAUCCACAUGGACCUGAACACUUUCCGUUCACAUUAUGCCAACAACUCUGGGAGCGUCGACCGUGCGCAGCUGAACUUCUUCACGAACCAUCGGAAUAAUCCAAUGACCCAAAUUUUCAUAUAUUUCUCGGAUGAGAAGAGCGUUGGCGUAAAAACUAUGAGAAAGUUGCUUGGAAUCCUGGAGGAGAAGAACAUUCAACAGGGUAUAAUGAUUUUUCCCGGGAACAUGACACCCUCCGCGCGGAAGGUCAUAGUAGCAAUGGCGUCUCAGUACAGAUUGGAAGAGUUCUCAGAAGCUGAUUUACUCGUCAACAUUACACAUCAUACACUCGUCCCAAGACACGAAGUGCUCACGCCAGAGGAGAAGAAGGAGCUGCUAGAGAAUUAUCGCCUCAAAGAAACGCAGCUACCACGUAUCCAGCUGGCAGACCCAGUAGCACGUUACUACGGCCUGAGGCGUGGAAAUGUCGUGAAAAUUACAAGACCAAGUGAAACCAGUGGACGUUAUGCCAGCUAUCGUAUAUGCUUCUAG